AUGUCGAACUUUUAUUAUCUCUGUUUCGCAGUAUGGAUCUACGGUUUCUCGGUUUUUGGAUUGAUUGUUUAUCGACUGUGGCUGUCGCCAUUGGCAAAAUUUCCCGGGCCGAAGCUUGCGGCAGCGACUGCGUGGUACGAGUUCUAUUUUGAUGCGAUAUGCCACGGGAAAUAUACAUUUGUAAUUGCCCGGAUGCACAAGGAAUAUGGGCCAAUCGUACGCAUUAGUCCCUGGGAGCUUCACGUUGACGACCCGAGCUUCUACGAAGUGCUUUAUUCGCGAGACAGUCCGCGUAACAAGUACAAAUUCUACGCGAACAUGUUCGGCAACGAGAGGGCAACAAUAGCCGUUCUAGAUCACGCGCAUCAUCGUCUCUUGAGAUCGAAUAUGAACCCGUAUUUCUCUAUGGCACGUGUGCGACAACUGGAGCCUGAAAUACGGUACUUGGCGAAUAAGCUCUGUGAUCGCCUGAAAGCCUUUCGAGGAACCGGUGUUCCAAUCAACACGCAGCAUGCAUAUAGCUGUUUUGCAACUGACAUAAUUUCUGAUUAUACUAUGGGAGUUGGAUUUAACUUUUUGGACACCCCAGACUUUUCUCCACAGUGGAGCGAAACAUUAAGUGGUAUUGCAAAGAGCAGUGCCUUUUUUAAGCCAUUUCCGUGGUUACUCACUAUACUGCAAUUGUUACCGAACGACUUUGUUGGUCGUCUUAACCCAGGAAUGCAGUUGAUGUUCAAAUUUCAGCAACGUUGUCGACAGCUGAUAAAUUCUGUUAUCGAAAACCAGAACAACGACAAGGAGGAGAAAAUCAAGUUUUCCCAUCCUACUUUUUUCCACGAGGUCUUGAGUAGCAAUUUGUCCGAGGAAGAGAAAAGUGCCGAACGAUUGGCGCAAGAGAUUCAGGUAGUUAUUGGUGCUGGUGGCGAAACCGUCGCCAAAGCAUUGAGCUGGAUUACCUAUUACCUUUUGGAAAACCCUCAAAGUCUAGAGAAACUUAAAAAUGAGCUCAAUAAGAUGGACCCGGAUCAGGAAGCAUCCUUAGCGUCAUUAGAACAGAUGCCAUAUCUGACUUCAGUUAUGCUUGAAGGUCUCAGGCUGUCAUAUGGGGUUAGCACUCGACUGGCUAGAAUCGCUCCGGAUCGCACUCUACAAUUCAACGAAUGGACUAUUCCAGCACAGACACCUGUUAGCAUGACCAGUGUUUUCAUGCACCACAAUGAAACCGUUUUCCCAGACUCAUAUAAUUUUAUUCCAGAGCGAUGGGUCGACCUGGAACACCGUAAAUACCUUGAGAAAUAUAUGGUUGCAUUCACUAAAGGAUCACGACAGUGCAUUGGGAUAAACCUUGCCCGAGCCGAGAUGUUGCUAGCCAUAUCAAAAGUAUUCCGCGAACUGACAUUCGAGCUGUACGAGACAAAUAGAGAGGAUGUGACCCUAGCACAUGAGCUUUUUCUACCGUUUCCCAAACAUUCGAGCAAAGGUGUACGGGUACUGGUGCUGUAG